AUGAGCAAGUUGUGGAUUUUUAUCACCCAACUUAAUUCCAUUGCUGGGCCUGUAUUGAUGUUAUUAUAUCCUUUGUAUGCUUCGGUUGUAGCUAUAGAGAGCACAUCCAAGGUAGAUGAUGAACAAUGGCUUGCUUAUUGGAUCAUCUAUUCGUUUCUCACUCUUAUGGAAAUGGUUCUUGCAUCUCUCUUAGACUGGAUACCUAUUUAUUACUCUGUGAAAGUGUUUCUGGUGGCGUGGCUAGUUUUGCCGCAAUUCAAAGGUGCUGCUUUUUUGUAUGAAAGAUUUGCGAGACAGCACAUUAGAAAAUACAUCACCCCUAAGAAAGUGUGA